UAAACACCGUGCGGUUGAGUUUGAUAGGUUUAGUUGAUUGUUACGGAUUCGCUUCCGUUUGGAAACAUGAUUGAGAAAACUAUCGUACCAUCGUUUGCAGAGCUUAGCGAGUUUGCUAGUACAAGUGCUGGUGGCAAGGUGGUAUUCGCUAGCGAUGAUUUUUUUGCUACGUGCGAGAACAUGAUAGCCGAUUCAGAACCAGUCUACAUUGCGGAUAAGUACACGGAGUUCGGGAAGUGGAUGGAUGGGUGGGAAACGCGCCGGAAGAGGAUACCGGGACAUGAUUGGUGUAUACUGAAGUUAGCUACGAAAUGCGUUGUCAGAGGUUUACUUGUAGAUACUGCUUUCUUCACUGGAAACUAUGCGCCUAAAUACUCAAUACAAGCUGCCUGUUUGACUUCUGAAGAGGAGGCGUUAUUACCAGAAAGGGAUUCAGUAAUGGGCUCAGCGUGCAGUGAAUGUGAUUUGGAGCGGGUGAAAUGUCUCGGCUCUGACAAAUGGGAGGAAAUUGUCCCCAUAACGGCGCUCCGGUCCGGCUAUGAGGAAACCAGGAUGAACUACCAGAAGGUUGUAUCUGAUGAAGCCUAUACACACAUUAGGGUGAACAUAUACCCGGAUGGAGGUAUUGCCAGGCUACGAGUGUUCGGUGAGGCGAAACCAGAGGCACCCCCCAGUGAUCAAUUAGUGGAUCUGGCGUCUUUACUAACUGGAGCUACUUGCUUAGGUUAUUCCAACGCACACUACGGACAUCCGAAGAACGUGAUCAAGCCAAAAAAAGGAGAGUCAAUGGCGGAUGGAUGGGAGACAGCAAGACAACUGAACAGACCAGAAGUACUCGAGACCAGUGAUGACGGUACUUUAAAAACAACAGGAGAGGAAUGGGCAGUAUUCAAAUUGGGUUUCACUGGAAGAAUCCAGAAGAUCUGCGUCGAUACAGAGCAUUUUAAAGGCAACUAUCCGGAUUCUAUAAAAGUUGAGGGAGCCUUUUUAGAUAACGAUGAAUGGACGUAUUCAAAACCUGUCGUCUGGUACAAUAUAUUAAAACCAAGCAAGCUCUCUGCCCACAAUGAACAUUGGUUCAGCUGCAACUCUGACGUCAUCUCUCACAUCAAAGUCACCAUAGCUCCUGAUGGUGGUUUUAGCAGGAUUCGGGCAUACGGUUAUGUUGAAAAUACUAGCAGUUCAAAAAAAUUACACGUAAAAUGAAAAUCAAUUUUCUGUUUUGCUUAUUGCAAUUUGGUUUUGGAUUAUGUGCUUUUCAAAAUCGGUUAUGGCAUCAGCAGUUUUGAUUUUUAUAACUAUACGCAUGGCAUCUUUCUUUUUCCUAUUUACAAAAUAAAUUCGGUUAAUAUUCAAGUGCUUUUUGGAAGUGGGUAUUCAAUUUCAUUUACUAGGUUUAAUAUUGUACAAUUCUAUAGAUAAAGUAAGUGAAUAUUUUAAAAGCUGCUUUAGAUACUGUCUUUUGAGUAGGUAUUCCUAUUUAGAUUUUAUAAAUUUUUCAUCAUACUAAAAAGACUAUUGCCUUUGUUGUAAUUUUUUAUACAACUCCGUAAUACAAGAUGUACCUAUAUACAGGCUCGACGUUACGAAUAUAAUAUACUCGAAAUUGAUAAUGGAUAUUAUGUACCUACAUGCGUAAAGUAAGUACAUCAUACAUAGUGUAAUUUAAUAUUCGAAUGCCAAUUUUAACUUUUUAUUAGGAUUGCGUAGAGUAGAACAACGAAUGUCAAAAUUGCAUGUUUAACAUUACCUAAUUGGCUCAAAAUUCUUAUAAUUUACCGUAAAUACAAAAAGUUGUUAAAUUAAGUGAUAGAAUUAAUAAAAUAUUUUUGUAAUUAAUAUUACAAUAUUAAGAUUGUUGAAAGUAUUACUUAUUUUGAUUAUUAUUAUUAUUUAAAGUCUCUUAAAAAUUUAUUGUGAUGUUGUUUAUGUUUUUUACACAUUAAAACAAAGUAUAAUAUACUUAUUAUGUAAAAUUAGUUUAAUAAAAUAAAUAAAAUUAUUGGA